AUGCCUACACCCUCUUUCAGGGUCAGCCUGGCUGGGCUCAGCUUGAUCCGGGCUCCAGAAGGCCCAGCACCCAGUACAUCCUCCAUCUACAGCCAAGACCGAUAUUCAUGGACCUCAUCGGUUUAUAGCCAGGAUGAACCACUUCCUGCGCCGGCAGAAGACAAGAAGCCUCUACUGCUCCAGCGGGCGGACACAGACCUCUCCGCAACGUCCUCCGCCAAAACUCUGCUCACCAUCUACGAUGCAGAGACGAUCAAAUCCCUGGGCUACAAGCCCUUCGAGUACUGGAAGGGCCCCAAGCCAACUGCCUACCCAGUCGACUUUCGGAAGCAAAAGACCAAUGCUGCCAAACCGUCCCGGCCAAAGACACCUCGGAUUUCGAUCCUCAAAUCCUCAUCAGCAUCUUCCAACAUCGCCCUCAAGCCGAUACCUCACGUCAGAGUCCGCGAGCUGAAGGGGUACAUGGAUGCCGAAGACACCCCACCACGAACGCCGACGAUAAAAGAGAGGUACCGGCAGAGGCAGGCUGAGCGCGCAAAGAGGCGACGCGAUCUUGUGCAUGGAGGCGGCAAUUGGCCGGGCUGGGUACCCGAUAAGAAGGUACACAUGAAGAAGCAGCAGCAGCAGCAGCAACAACAACACCGAAAAUGGACGCGAAUAAUAGGAGACGAGAAGAGGGAGAAGCUGGAGGAAUGGGACCUGGAGAAACGGCAGUCGACGGGAUCGACGGUCUUUGUCAACAGGAUAGAGAGGUGGUGGGAUCCACUGAUGUGGAGGCGGCGCAUUUGGGGCAUCCUCGGCAUUCUCCUGGUCCUCUUGACCGCUGGCGGUCUCAUCGCUGCGAUGGUAUCGUCCAAAGCCAACCUGGACGGCCCUGUUCUCAAAUACAGGACAUCAGAUUACCACCUGACCCGGGCCUUGGUGACCGAGGGCUUGCGUGUUCCCUCGUCACCUCCGUAA